AUGUUCGGCUACGGCUAUUCCCCGUAUCCAGUGAACACAUCGCAGCACUGCCCAUGGACUUUUGAGGGCACAGAGCUCCGGUCGCAUCACGUUUUCCGCGCGUCUGAAGGCCUCAGGACUCUAGCGGUGGAAGCCUCGAUAGUUGAUGUCGUUGACUUUGCCGACAGAAAUGACGUCGUCGAAGUGGAACCACUAGCCAGCUAUACUUCCUCGUUUCGGGACCUAACAGACAAGCGUAACGUAUCACCAGGGCUCCAACGUCAGCUUGGGCUACAGAAGGAGGAUCUUACGAAGGCAUUCACAAAAAUCCGCAACCCAGAGCGAGAUGCAGAAGAGGAGCGCGGAGCGCAUAUAGAACUAAGGCCCAACUUCAACGACGAGCAAAAAGGCUACAAGCUUGCGCUCUUGCAGGCUGAGAAUCUAAAGGAGAAGACCGACGAGGGACGGCGGUUGCGCGAGGCAGUCAAGAGAAAACUCUGGAAAGGCGAGAGUAUUCUUGCUUUCAAGUAA